AUGAGUAGCGUCUCCGAUUACAAGGUUGCCUCCGUGGCCCUGGGAUUCUCCCUCGGGUUUGGCUUCUUAACAGUAUGGGAGGCUAUGAAGCAAACGAGACGGAACCGCAGCCCGUUGCGAAGUACAUACAUUUACAUGAUCUGGGGAGAGAUCAUAGCCAAUCUGGGUAUUGGUAUACUCGGUUAUCUAUUCCUCAAUGGCAUCAUUCAACCUGGCAUUCCUGUCUUUUUCUUUAUCCUAUUCUUCUGGGUAUUCGAGAUCCAACUGUUAUUCCAAAUCAUCAUCAACAGAAUCAGUAUCAUCGCCGAGUCCCGACAAACAAUCUGGCGCCUUAAAUGGGGCACCGCCUUGGUGGCAACAAUUAUCAACAUUGCUGUAUUCUGCGUCUUUAUACCGGCACACGUUGAUCCGCCGAUCCAGAUUUUUGUUACUAUCAACAAGUAUUGGGAUAGAGCUUCGAAGAUCUUGAUUUGUAUCAUUGAUGCUGCUCUCAAUUGGUACUUUCUCCAUAUCGUCAAAGAAAGGCUUCUAAAAGAGAGCCAUCUCACCAAAUACCAGCCGCUUGUAUCGUUCAACUCCAAACUCAUGGCUGUAUCUGUUGCUAUGGACAUACUGCUUAUCGGCCUUAUGUCCCUACCAAACCAGACAGUCUUUAUCCAGUUCCACCCCGUUGUAUACCUGGUCAAGCUCAACAUCGAAAUGUCCAUGGCUUCCAUGAUCACACACCUAGCCCGAAAGAAGAUGACGGACGAACUCUACCCCUCAAACUCAUACUCCAACACCCCGAAAGUCCAAAGCUCCAAGAACGGCGCACAGGAUAAGACUCCAACAUACGGCGUAUCUAUAGAAAUGACGCACAAGUCAAAAGCCGGUUCAACCUCGAAAGCAUCGUUCGACGACGAUUCCGAUAUGCCCGAGACCUCGAAUGGCAUCCACCGACGUAUCGACGUCAAGAUUGAGACAGAGCCAGCCAAACAUGAACGGAAGGGCAGCAAGUUCAGUCCAGUCGAGGUUGAGCUACCAUCGCCUCGGGGCGAAGGGCGACCUAAGAGGAGUCGCUAUGAACAGAUUGAGCGAGGUCAAGGAGGCGCAUGA